AAGGGAAUACGUAGUACAGUAUAAGGCUACUUUUAAGAUAGUAGUUUUUGACCAAACUUUCAUUUAAAGGACACAAAUGUAGCGAUAUGGCCGGAGUUUUUGAUUUGGAGUUACACGAUACCCCUGAAGGGGAGGAGGAGAUUUCUGAUGAUGAAUUCUUUGAACCAGACGAUCAGGGAAGUCUGGCUACAAGAGGAGGAUAUGAUUUAAAUGUCGAUGGCAUGGAAACGCUGGAGCUGUCGGAGAACACAGUUAACCCAGGUCAACUGAAGGUCGGGCCUCAAGACUUUGAGCUUCUUAAAGUCUUAGGGAAAGGUGGUUAUGGAAAGGUUUUCCAAGUCAGGAAAAUAUCAAGUAGUGACAAUGGCAAAAUAUUUGCAAUGAAGGUCCUAAAGAAGGCCACGAUUGCAAGAAAUGCCAAAGAUACAGCACAUACCAAAGCAGAGAGGAACAUUUUGGAAGGUGUUAAGCACCCCUUCAUUGUGGACCUAAUAUAUGCAUUUCAAACGGGAGGGAAACUGUACCUAAUUUUAGAGUAUCUUCCUGGAGGCGAACUCUUCAUGCAGCUUGAACGGGAAGGAAUAUUUAUGGAGGACACUGCCUGUUUUUAUUUAUCAGAAAUCACACUAGCAAUAGAACAUCUCCACUCACAGGGGAUUAUAUACAGAGAUCUGAAACCAGAAAAUAUACUUUUAGAUAAUUUAGGGCAUGUGAAAUUAACAGAUUUUGGUUUAUGUAAAGAGUCAAUCAAUGGGGGUGCUGUAACACAUACAUUCUGUGGGACCAUUGAAUACAUGGCUCCUGAAAUACUGACAAGGAGUGGGCAUGGGAAGGCUGUUGAUUGGUGGAGUCUUGGUGCACUCAUGUACGACAUGUUGACAGGGGCGCCUCCAUUUACAGCUGAAAAUAGAAAGAAAACAAUAGACAAAAUUUUAAAAGCCAAACUUAGUUUACCGCCAUACCUCACAAAUGAAGCUAGGGGACUCAUUAAAAAGUUGCUGAAGAAGUCUCCAUCUGACAGACUAGGUGGUGGAGCUGACGAUUCCAAACCUUUGAAGCAUCAUGCAUUCUUUCGCCACAUUGAUUGGAAUGAGUUGAUCCAGAGAAAAGUGGAGCCACCUUUUAAGCCGUCUGUGAUGAACGAGGAAGAUGUCAGCCAGUUUGACACGAAGUUCACAAGACAGACACCAGUCGACUCUCCAGAUGACACCGUCCUCAGUGAAAGUGCCAAUCAAGUGUUUUUGGGCUUCACCUAUGUAGCUCCCUCUGUAUUGGAGGAGCUCAACAAGCCAUGGAUAGCGGAGAAGGAGCCCCGAUCACCACGAAAGGUGGGGUCCAGCUGGACUGGUGGAAUGAGCCCCCAUCAGGUGUCCCUAGUAGAAGGAUUCCGUGUAGCAUCUGAUGUCAAUGGAUUGGAUGAUCCAGAAGAUAUGGAUACCACUGCUCCUGUCGUCACAAAGAGGUCCACGUCUCCUGCCAUAGCAACCAAAAAUACUACCUACAAACAGGCGGCAUUUCCAGGAAGUCAGAAUCGACCACCACAUCUACGAAUGAAUUAAUUAAGUUUAAAUUAAGGAAUUUUAGUUUGAUUUCAUUGCCUUUUAAUGAACACAUUUAGUUAAGUCCUUUCUUGAUUAUGUCCUCUGUGAAGGUCUGCAGGUGGAGAUGUUUGGACAUAUGUAACAGCUGGUGAUUUUCCACAUUUCUUGCAAAAUUGAAUAUGACCAUAAACUGAUCGGGAGCGACGAUCAUUUCAAGAUGUCUGCUGUUUCUUCCAAGGAAUUUGCAUAAUGUUGACAGAAUUUAAUAUACCGAGCCAGACAUAUUUUUUCAUCUAAAAAAAAAUUUGAAUGAAGUCAAUUUUGAAACAAAUAUUAAUAUGUUGCCUUGUAUUUGUUUUCAAUUCUUGUGAAUCUAUAUAUUGUUUGCCAGUAUUUAUUUCAGAUUGUUUAGAAAUUAA